CUUCAGCUUCCGCCCAAGAAAGGCUAUUAGUUUAAUCGCGACCAGGCGGGUCGACUCAUCAAGGACCAAUCAGCUUCCUCACCCGCCAGUGCGUAAUGGCGCUAAGCGGGGCACGGCUGCGUUAGUUAACCAAUCGGUUGCCUCGCACUGACGAUAACCUGCCUCCGACCUUCCCCUUAAGAAGCAAGACCCCUUCGUCUAUUUGUCUUGGCUCCGCUUACUGGUUCUGCUCUCCUGACGGUAGUUGGCGACUGGGUCUUUUUUUUUUUUUGCCGACGUCGUUACUUGUUCGUCCUUUUUUUUUCCACAAGGAGGCCUCACAGGCCCGGUUUUCGCCUCAGCUGCAAAAACGGGACCGUAUAUUAGCUACCAACGCCCAGUUUAUUUUUUCAAAGCAACUCGGUGAAUGACAGUUGAGAUCAUAGAGACGUCGGCAUGAGAGACCACCACAGGGGAAGGGUUGCUCGCGCUGCCCUUCCUCAAGAUGGCGGUCGCGGCGGCAUCGCUUUCCCUUUUCCCGCUGCGUAGGGCUCGCUCGCUCGCUCUCACUUACCAAGAUGGCGAAGGAUGGGCCGCGGGCUUUUAAUUGACGCUUUACCUCUUCUGGCUGGUUCUGCUGAUCGAAGGCAGGUCUUGGGGAUAACGGGAGAGGCGGGAUUAGAGCCGGCCAGGCCGGGCUAUUCAACGGUUGGCCGGCCGGGCAGGGGAAACGGCGCCUGGGCCUCAGGCGGCUUCGGCCUGGGAGUGGGGAGGAACUUGCCGGGGCUGAGAGGGAGGGCGGCCGGGCCCCACCCCCAUCCGCCUCAUGGCGCCUGUGGCGGCAUUCGUCUCAUUGGCGUUAUUUUCCAGGCAGGAAUAAGGGCUGGCAACUGCCCUACGUGGAGUGCCUGGUCCCUGCCUUGCAGACGGGCAGUGGGGCGCGCAGGUGUUCUCUGGUGCUCUUGACAGCCCCGUGGUUUGAGGCGGUGCAGGGUUGGUCCGCUUGACAGGUUUUAGAAAGAUCCCUUCCUUCUCGGUGGGCUGUUUUAAUCCCCCCUGUUGACCUCCAGAACGUGAUCCCCGGACGCUAUGCUCUCAAGCCUCUUUGGUUUAGUGCACUACCUGCGCUCAUAGUUUCCAGGACCUAGAGCGGACUUGCAUAAAUCCCGUGAUUGCAUCGCCUUAAAAAUCCAAGUUUUGAGCCCUUCAGUUGAGAAUUUGCUUACAGUUUGAAAAUAGGAAAUUGCUUGAAUGCUAAAACUUGGAAGCAUCAUUGUAUAUAUGCUGACAGGUGCUAUUUGUAUUUAUUUGCCUGUUUCCAUUCUGGGAUUCAGGUUUCCUUUAGAAAAUACUGUUCCAUUUCAGAUUGCAACACUAUGCACAUCUGGGAGGAAAUGCUGUAGUCAACUUGCUUGUGAAUAUAUAUGCAUGAGGUUUCACUGACAGGAAGAUUAAUGUAAUUAUACCAGGGCACUUAUUGCAGCAGGCAGCUUUGAAAAAGCAAGCUGUUGCAGUGCAAUCUGUUAAAGGCUACCUGUGUGAUGGGAGAGCAGGCUCGAAAUGUUGUAAAUAAAUAUUUUAAGAUUGGAAGGUAAUUUGGCCACCACAGAUUUCUGAGUUAUAAUGGACAGAAUACAAGUAUUAAGACUGCUUGUUGAGGUGAUUUGUAGUUAAUCGGAGAAACACCUGUGCCAUUGCUAGAAGGCUUUUUGUGAAUUUCCUAAUAGGGUUUAAUAGAUGGUAUCUAAUGUUAAUCAUGCUCAAAGGAGACCCACUGAAAUCAACGAACAAGUACUCUGGGUCUACCUUGUGUGAUAUUGCACUAUAUUUUUAAAUAUUAAAAUAUAAGAACAUACUGAAUUAUAUGUGAAUGAUUUAGCUGUGCCAGUGACAGAUCAUGGGGGAAAUUCAGACUGCAGCUAACAUGAAUAAAAUACUUUAUUGAUGCUUUACUGCUUGACAAGUCAGUUUUGUUUUUCAGAUAGGAGCUUACUUAGUCCAAAUGGGUGGAACUAAGUAAUGCUCUCUCCAGAAAUUACUUGUCUAUGUUGGCUGCAGUCCUGAACACUUUGACCACCUUGACUUACAUAUUCUUAGCUUCACAUAAUUAAAUUUUUAUUUUCAUUCUUGUUGCUAUUCUAUUUCAGCUGUCUAUCUCUUUAUUUCAGCUUUUGGUAUAAAAAGACACUGGAAAGGAAUGAUGGCUGCUUUGGAUACUAAAGCAAAAGCAAAAAAAACUCUGGGGACAGUUGAUUAUGUGGAGUCAUCAGAAUUUGCCCAAGGAAUUCUGCCUACCAAGAAGGAUGUCAUUCAAAACAUGCUAUAUCUAUUGCACCCAAAAAGGGCUGGGCAAGCCCAGCGAUCCAAAGAAGAUGCUGCCCAGUUGCUUGCUGAACUUCUGCAGGAGCACUGGUUGUUUUGCAAUUUGUAUACCAUAGCAACACAAAGCAUAAAGAAGCAUAUUCUUAAGGUGUAUGAGGAAUUUUCAAAAUUAUAUCAGUCCAGAAAGCGAAGAAAAAAUGAGUUGUUUACACAGAAAGCAGAUGAUUUCAACAGGAGUUCAGAGCAGCUUUUUGACAUAUUUUGUACAGACACAGGAACAAGAGAGAAAUUGGAGCAAUACAGUGGUGUGAAGAUGACUGACAUUGAGUGGAAAUUUCUUGAAGAUCAGAGGAGUGAAAGAAAAAUGUACUUUGAGGACUUCGUGGACAAGAAACAAAUGGAAACAAUAGAAAGACGAAGAAAAGUAGAAUCACUGGAGCACUUCAGGAAGAUUGCAGAAGAAGAGAAAGAUGCAUGUAAGCGUAAAGGAAUGACUUCCAAUAGAGAUGAGCAGCCAGUUGAAGAUGUCAGCAGUAGGAAGAAAGAUGACCCCUGCCUUGGACGCAGCAAAGGAAUUGGGAACUUUUCACAUAAGGCAAAAAGAAAGCGCCUAUCUUCUGGCUGGAUUACUGGGACAGCAUCUUCAACUAGCUAUAGCGAGUCAGUUGCACCUGAAUGUCAACAUAUACGUAUGAGCAUCAGAAAAGUCAGACCAGGGUUCUAUGAGACUUUUGACAAAUAUGAAAACUGCUAGCCCAACAUUCAAAAUCUGUUUCUGUUGAAGUUUUGGGAGGUCUUAAUACCCUGACUAAUUGGAAGUUGAUGUAGAUAAUUUUGUUGGGCUCCAUUAAUGUACAGCAACACCACCAAAGCAAUGGCACCAGUAGAAAUGGGCUUUUAGCUUACUGAGAAAGCAAGAUUUGUUUAGGCCUGUACUGAUACUUUCACAAGGUGAAAGUACUGUGUACUAAAAAGCUAUAGUGUAGCAAAGGAAGACAGAAAAACCAAUGUUUGGAUGUUAAAGCAAAUCAAAUGCACAAUAGUAGGUUAUGUUAUAUAAUAACAAUUUAACCACUGGAACAGACUUCUUAGGAAGGUGGUGCAUUUUCCAUUUCAUAGUCUUCAUGUUGGGCUGGACACUCCUAAAAAAACAUUUUGCUGAAAUGUUGUAUAGUGGCCUGAAAUAGAAGUGUGAGGAGAAAAUGCAGACUCUCCUGCAGGAGAGUCAUAUUAUAUAGCCUGUUGCCCAUUCCAACCUCAGUGUCUCCCAAGACUGGAAGACCAUGUACAAUUAAAAUAAAAAAUGGUAACUAGUGAGAUGGCAGCUAAAAGGGGAACAUGGUCGUGGGGCUGUGUGUUACAAUGCAGGAUCUUUUUGAGACUCACAAUAGACUGCUAACUUCCUGCCCGUUAAAACAGUAAGUAAGUAAGCACACCUGAAGGGAAAACAGUAAUUGGCUCAAUUAUCAAAAAAGUACAGUAGUUUCCUGUAAUGCCCACCCCCAUACCUUGAUAUUGGUCUUAAGAGACUGACCAUAUACAAUUUGCCAUUACUUCAUUGGGAAGGGGUUCUGCGCCUUUCAGGACUAGGUGUUUGCAGGCGAAAGAAAAUAGGUUUCCUCUGUUUGAUCUCGCAGAUAUUUAGUUCCUAAAAUACCUAUACAGUUCUGAAAAGCAGCUUUUGAUAGAUAGCAUUGGCUCACGUGAGAAGAAGAAAAAAGGUCAGGAAAUUUUAAAAAUGGCUUUUGGUAUAAAUGUGGUGGUAACAACUAUUUGUAUAUUUUCUGCAUUCUUAGCAAUUAAAUAUCAGUGGUGAGAAAUAUAUGUGGAAAAGUAGAAUUUGUAAUUGAAAAUAUUUGAGACAUAAACGUAUAAUGCACUGAACAUAGCAUGGGGUUGGAACUGCCUUACGAAUUAUUUUAAAGGUGUUUAAUUCUUCUUUUCAUUUAGUAAGGAUUGCAAAUGAAUGCACUGCAAUGUUUGCUACAGUGGAAGGACGUAGCUGCACUGCAGUUAUAAUGUCCACUGAAACAGAAGCAAGUCCUUCCAUCUUGAGAAAUUUGUAGCUCUGCCUGCAGUGAGCAUUGGUAGUGCAGAUUGCAGCCCUUUCAAAGCUAGGCAAAACUUCUGUUUUCAUACCUCACUGGUUUUUCCCCAGCAUACAGAUGGCUAGUUUUCACAGUCUCAGAUUCAGACAUAUUGUAUGCAUGAUACAAUUACAAAUACUGUUACAUUACAUGACCUCUGGAUCACAUGGUGUAUACACAGACAUCCACAUAUGGAAUUGCUGUAAUCUUAUCUCUGGAAAGUCACAAACACCUGGCAACACACCCAUACCCAUACCCAUGUUUCCCAUCAUGUUGGGAAGAGUAUAUUCCUCAGUACACUGCCCCAUUGGCUGUAUAGUAGUUAAAUCCUAGAAAUCAUGGGGUAUUGGGAAUGGUUUACAGAUAUAUGUACAUCACUUGAUCUAUUACCACCUAAUGGUUCUUGGCUGAAGAUGUGAACUGUGCACCAAAAUGCUGUGUGUUGGAAUUAACGUUGGGCGAUAUACAGUGGUGCCCCGCAAGACGAAUGCCUCGCAAGACGAAAAACUCGCUAGACGAAAGGGUUUUGCGUUUUUUGAGUCGUUCCACAAGACGAAUUUCCCUAUGGGCUGUUUCGCAAGACGAAACGUCUUGCGAGUUCUUGCAAGUUUGUUUCCUUUUUCUUAAAGCCGCUAAGCCGUUAAUAGCCGCUAAGCCGCUAAUAGCCGUGCUUCGCAAGACGAAAAAAACGCAAGAUGAAGAGACUCGCGGAAUGGAUUAAUUUCGUCUUGCGAGGCACCACUGUAACUGGCCUUUUAAAGUUAGCAUAAUAUUCUUCUAAAUUUUGCUCACAUAAUUUCCAUAAAUACAGGUACUUCAAAAUAUUAAAUGGUUACUUUUAGGCAAAGGGCACCUGUCUAGCCCAAAAUCCUAAUAACAAAUUGCCAUCGUUUUGUUACCCUUUGCCAGAAAUGGUUUUAUUUCAUCUGUUGCCUUUUUUCAUAUGGACCAAAAAUGUAACUUUAUGCAGCAUUAUAUGCAUGUUGUGUCAAGCUAAGGAACAAUGAUUUAUUACUACAUCUGCCCUUGCUUAUACAUUUGAUUUCCCAUAUGAGAAGUAGUCCCGCUCUAAAACCAUGUCAAAAAGGCUGACUGGAGAGACGAUUAAUGCAAUUAAUUGUAAUGUAAUUGGGUGAUGUGCAUUAUGUCAGUAAUACAAGCAGUUUUACUGGAUCUUUGAAGCAAUAAAAGCACCCUCUUUUUUCGGGAAAACAAGUGAGCCAUCACUAAUGGUAGUGAAAGUGCUUCCAUUAAAAUUUGUCUCCUUUAAAGUUUUUAGAUGGAUAUUUCCAAAUGUUUGCAUUCAAUAGUCAUAGUUAAUUUUGAAGUUGUGUUUCCAUUCCCAGUCAAGGUAAGCUAACCAAAUGCCUAAAAUUAUCAUCCCUCAUUGGUCCUAAUAUUAAAUACCUCCCCAAAUUGCAAUAUAUUUUCUGCACAGGCAAAUUUUGAACCUUCAAAUGAAGGAAAUUGUCAGAAUGAGAUUCAGUCACUCUGAGUUUAAUGUUUUUAGGGAUCAAAAAUCUUUUUUGUUUCCUGGAAGGGGUAAUUCAAAUGAUAUAUGUUCUGUAGCAUACAUACAAAUGCCUCGCUCCAUACAUUGCAAAAAAGCAGCUAAUUUUUCUUUUUCCAUGUGUUCGUAUUGAUUGGUUAGGUUCAUUUAAAACUCAAAGUAAUGGGGGGGGGGAAUAUAUGAUUUAGUAGUAAGUGUGUGAUUGUCGCAUUACUGCUGAAUUAAUCCUACUUUUUUAUUUUAUUUUAAAAAGUACCAAUAAUCAGGCCCAGUGCUAAAGGUUUCUGGAAUUUGUUGAUGGCAGGCCGGCCAAAAGAUCGUGUUGAUUUUCUUGAUAGACCGGUCAUGUUCAAAAGAAGCAGCAAAAGAGAAAGUGUUGAUUGUUUUUGCUUCUGAAAAUUUUGACAUUUUGUGUUCUUUGAUGACAUAAAAUGUCAGAUGCUUCUGCAUGUAUAGGAGUGUCUGAUUACCAAGACUGCAUUUCUAAACACACUAGUAAGCCUCUUGCUCUGCCUGAGGGUUUUUCAUCAAAUCCGUCCACUGUUGAGGCUUCUCUUCCUACUUUCAUACUCAGAUGACUUGAUUUAUUUACAAUAUAUACUAUUUUCCAACAAGAGCUUCUCCUAGAAGGAGAGCAAUUAAAUUAUUCUCAAGCACAUUCAUGCAACACUUUCACCUGCGUCUUGUAGGCCUCAGUGGGCAGAUGAUAGCUGCAGCUUCUGCUUUCAGAACUCUCGGUGGAGCUGCUGGGGGACCAGAACUAUAAGAAGUCCUCUCCCCAGCCCUCUUGUUGCUGUUGCUGCCUCACUCAGCUUAAGAUGUGCACAGGGGAAUAGCCCCACUGCCUUGAAAGUGUUGCCAAGCACCAGGCCUAGGUAACACAAGGUGUUAAUGUCCUUGAUCCUUGGCAGCAAUAACGUUCUUUAACAACCAUUUGGAAAUCUACUCUGCUGCAAAAUGUGGUGCCUUGCUUCUUGCAGCAGGAGAUAUCUUGUACCAAAGUCACAGUAUGCUUGUGGCUAUCCGUCGUCUUCCAGGUAUAGCAUGCUCCUGUUACCCAAUAAAGUUUUAAAAAAUUCAAUCCUACAUGGCUUGAGAAAAGCUCGCAAUGAUCUGCCCAGAGACUUACAAUUGGCUGUCUAUAUCAUCUUGAUGGUGUAAUCUGCGUACCAUGGGAGUGGGGUUUUUUGGGGGGGAAGUAGUGCCUAGAAAAAGAUUGUUGUAUGCCCAAAACUUUUCAGCAAUAAUUACAAUUUUAGCUAGGAACCUUCUGCUGCAAGCAUAUGAAUGACUAUCUUUUGAUCUCUUAGCUAAAACUGCAGCUGCUUGUGGCUCCCAUGGAGAAUUCCAAAUACUCAUUUGGUUUUUUUAAAAAAAUAAUAUUUAUUGGUAGUUUCAGAAUUAUAAAAAAGAAAGAAACAUUGAAAAACAACACUAUAAUACAUAAUAAUAAUAAUAAAAAAGAAAAAACACAAAAACCAAUACAACAGUACGAC